AGGCACGCACUUCCGCGGACGCCAGGGAGGCGGAGGAGGGAGAGAGACCUCCGGAGCCGCUCCGGUGGGCGAGGGAGGUGCCCCGGCUGUGAGGACCCGGGAGGUGUGGUCAGCUCCGUUCCGAGUCCGAGUCUUGCCCAAGUCAUCUUUACUUUGUGUUCAGACCUGCAUGUGUUUCUUUUAAGUCGAAAAUACUGUUUUAGGAAUACCAGGUACGCCAAAGAUCUGACAGUACUGCACAAGCCUGCCUGCCAUGGGCUGUCGAGAUGUCCACGCAGCCACUGUCCUUUCCUUUCUGUGUGGAAUUGCCUCCGUAGCAGGCCUCUUUGCGGGGACUUUACUUCCCAAUUGGAGAAAAUUACGACUGAUCACAUUCAACAGAAACGAGAAGAAUCUGACUGUUUACACGGGCCUGUGGGUGAAAUGUGCCCGGUAUGAUGGAAGCAGUGACUGUCUGAUGUACGACACAACUUGGUACUCAUCCGUUGACCAGCUGGACCUACGUGUCCUCCAGUUUGCCCUGCCUCUCAGCAUCUUGAUUGCAGUGGGUGCCUUGCUACUGUCCCUGAUUGGAAUGUGUAACACAGCCUUCAGGUCUUCGGUGCCUGACAUCAAACUGGCCAAGUGUCUAGUCAAUAGUGCAGGCUGCCACCUGGUGUCUGGACUCCUGUUUUUUCAGGCAGGUACUGUGAGCCUCUCUCCAUCCAUCUGGGCCUUCUUUUAUAACAUCCAUUUGAACAAGAAGUUUGAACCAGUCUUUACCUUGGACUACGCAGUGUAUGUCACGAUUGCCAGCUCUGGGGGUCUGUUUAUGACUGCCCUUCUACUCUUUGUUUGGUAUUGUGCAUGCAAAUCUUUGCCCUCUCCUUUCUGGCAGCCACUGUAUUCCCAUCCUGCCAGUAUGCACACUUAUUCCCAGCCCUACUCAGCACGUUCCCGCCUCUCUGCGAUUGAAAUUGACAUUCCAGUAGUUUCCCACACUACUUAAACAGGGAUAUAAUUAAUGUUAAAAGGGUUUCUUGUAGCCUCACAGCCCCCCUGUGUAAAGAGCCUGUUUUGGACAUGUAUACAUUUUCCUUUGUUCUUGACCAGUCAGUGGAGCCGAAUUGGCUCAUCCUGGUUGAAGGAAGUGCUGCUAGGUUUUAUGAGGAGUGAAUGACAUUCUUUAACUGUGAAACAUUGUUUUUCUCUUACACUGGAAGGAUUUUUAACCUCCUUGAUGUCAGCUAUUUACAUGGAAAGGAGCAAGUGUUAGUUGAGGUCACCUAGAACAACUUGGUAAAGAUUAGUAGCUCAGAAAUGCUAUUGUGUUCAGGCCUUUGGAAUAUUUCAGAUUAUGCAUUGUCUUUUUUUCCCUAUAAUAACUUAAAUGGAAAAAUAAAGGCAAUUUCAAAUACAGUAAGUUUUCUAUGGGCAAGGGUAAUAUUUUAACAAUAGUAAACAAUCUAUUAGCUUGAGACUGUAACUUCAUUCUUGGGGCUAAUUGUCUUUAAUAGGUUUCUGUGUUGAAGAUUACCUUCUUUUGUGAGUUUUUUUUAAUCUUCUACCUCAUGUCAGUGUUGAAAAGUAAAACACACAUGAUAUCCAGAGUAAGACUUAUAUUUAACAUGUCCUUUUUUUCUUUUCUCUCUUUUUUUUUCUCCUUGGUUUUCAGACAGGGCCUCUCUGUGUAAACAAGACUGGCCUCAAACUUCUCCUGCCUCUGUCUUGUGGUUUACAGGCAUGUGCCACACCAUACCUAGCUUAACUUAAUUUUUAACUGCUGAGCCAAUUUUCCAGUCCCUUUAACAUAAUUUUUAAUAAUAAACUAUAUUGUUAGAGUUCAAAUGUGUCCUGGAACAAUUUGGUGCUUCCUAUAAGGCAGAACUAACUUUCUAGAUGCCACCAGUCAAGCAGUACCCAUGCCUAGAUAAAAUCUCAUGGCUAAGAUAAGUUAACAAAAGGUUCACACCCAGUGGUUUAUUCCCUUUUAGACAUAAGUGGUAGAGGGCAGCAAGAGUCUGUUCUUCAGUGACAGUGUAAGAGAUUCACCAGGUGACAGCUACUUGAGUAAUGGGACUAAGGGAUAGCCUUACUAAGACCAGAGUCAUCAUCCUUUAUUAAGUUCCUGUCCAUCUUUGAUUAGAUAUCCUUGAGUAUCUUUUACUGCCUAGGUACUUCAAUGAGUGCUUAAGAAGAUACAUGAACAGAAGACCCUUUUAUGAAGAAAUUCUAUCUAAUUGAAAAGAUCAAACUGUUAUCUGACAACUAGGGGACAGUCAGACUUCAUUGGUAGCUGGCCUGGAAUGUCUCAAGCAUUUAUCCAGGAAAAUAUUUCAACCAGAGACAUAGUUUUUGACAGACCAGUCUAUUGUAUGCCACCAGCAUAUCCUGAAAAUUCAUUUUACUUCUAUUUACUCCUGUGUCACUUCCCUUACCUUGCAGUCUCAGAUCAUGAGAAUGGGCAAAAGUAGUUAAGAUGUUAAAUUGUACCCUUGAUACACUAAGGAGGACUGAGAUUAAAAUGUCUCCUCUGAUAUGAUUUCAAGUGUAUGAAACCAUGCUAACAGUGAGAUAACACAAUAAAUUCAGGGAUAAUGGGUCUUAAUACUUAUGAAUUUGAACUUAUUUAACUGCUAUAAUUUUUCAUAUACUAGAAUUAUGUUCAUAAGGAUUUUUAAUAACUACAGAUAAUAUAAACAACAAAUUAUGGUAAAAAGAAUAUUAUGCCUCUUCAAAUCUGAGUAUUAUUCUGAUGUUUCUGUAGAUAUAUGUAGUACUUAACCCCUAAUUCCAGCAGUAAUUUAUGUAAGCAAAUCAGUUGCAUAAAGUUUAAAUGCCAUCAGUAGAAAGCAUGCAAACCUAUGGUUUUUAAGUGAAAGUUUGAUUUCUUUCUGUUCUGAAUUUUUUCAUUCUUUGCAGAUGUAGCUGAGUGUUGAUCCAAAAACAGUGGCAUUUCUUCAUUUUCAGAUUAAUACUUGUUUUACCCCUUUAUUAAUUUCAGCCUCCCUCAUUAAACUUGGCAGAAGUAUCAGUAAUUCUAUAGCUUCUACAGACCCUUCACUGUAGUAUAAACAAAACUAAAGCAAAGUUGAUUUGGCCAUUGGAAUGCAGAUUUUUGUUGUUGUUCAUAGAAUUAUAACUGUAAACAUGAAACUUUCCUACAAGAAUCUUUGUCUUCACCAUCUCUAGCCUCAAACUAGUAUUUAUUAUAGAUAUACUUGGGAAAAGAAACAGCUGAUUUUUUAAAAUGUUUUGGUAUCAGCUAUUUUUUAUAGCCAUCAAAAGGAAAGAAGUACUUAGAGUUGUUUAUGGUCACUUGAGCACUCAUCAGGAUGUUGUGAUGGGGAUGUUUUUCUGUUGUUGUUAAAGACCUAUUACGUUAAAGGGUUUUUACCGAAGCCAGCUUGGAAACCGUGCGUGGUAUGGGUUCCACAGCCAUGGGAGAAAGUGAAAAACAACACCCAAGUUUGCUUUCCUUGUACAUAUACACCAUGGUGGGUAGUAUAUUUGCUGUAAACUGCAAGGUCAAACCUCAGUAGGUAUACUGUACUUCUUGAUGUUUAUUAAAAGAGGUAUUUUUACAA